UGGUGUCACAUUGUUUUAGUAACCAUGGUAACGCGUAUUACGGUUAGUGGAAAAUUUCUGACAGUAGAAGUUGCUCCUAAAUAUAGCAAUGACCGUAGUGUUCUGCCAUAUAAAACUAGAUUUUCAUGUCUUUUUUUUCAAAGCGCUUUAGAUAUCUGUGUCGCUAGUUUCAUUAACUUUUGAACACUGUAUUAGAACAAUGGCCAGGCUUCUGAAUCUUAGGACAGGUACUCUUGGAUAUAAGCUGACGGGCAGCCGGGGGUUCACCGCUGCUUCGGACGGGACCAGAACACUCCAGCAGAGAUGGACGCCCGCUGGCCGGCCGGGCGGGGCGCUGUCCGUCCCCAUGGCGCAGGAGCGCCCCAUGCACGGAAUCCCUGCACCAGCGCCAGUCGACCCAGACAAGACCAGUGAGGGCGCCACGGCACACACGGCAGACUACGUAGCCAGCACGUCCUACUCGGACCUGUCCCCGGUGGUGCUACGCAGGUGUAAGAGGAUGAUCCUGGACACCCUGGGGGUCAUGGUGGUCGGCUCUACCACCGAGGUGGCCGGCAUGGUGGCCGCGUACAGCCUGGCGCAACAGGGCGUUAUACCAGAGCCCGCGGGUUCCUGUGCACUCCUGGGGCGGAAGGACCGUACCACGUCAGCGCCGCUGGCCGCCUUCGCCAACGGAGUCAGCGCGCACUCCAUGGACUUCGACGACACCUGGCACCCUGCCACGCACCCCAGCGCGCCGGUGCUGGCGUCCCUCCUGGCGCUGACCGAUCUCCUGCGGCCCGUCAGCACGGUCAGCGGGCGGGAACUGCUCCAGGCCUUUGCCGUGGGGAUAGAGGUACAGGGCCGGCUGCUGAGGACAUCGGCACAGGCCAAGAACAUCCCAUGGAGGUUCCACCCGCCCGCAGUGGUAGGGGUGAUGGGCAGCGCCGCCGCGUGUGCCAAGCUACUGCAGCAUGAUCCCACCCGCGUACGGAAUGCCAUGUCCGCUGCCGCAUCUUAUGCAGGUGCUCCGAUGGCGAACGCUGGCACCACGGCCAAGCCGCUGCACGCCGGGAACGCGGCGAGGUUCGGUUUGGAGGCGGCGCUGCUGGCCUCCGUGGGGAUGAAAGGGAACCCCCACAUCUUAGACAUGCGGAGCGGCUUCUGCGCCUUCUUCGACGACUUCGUCCCCGAGACGCUACAAGACUUCAACGGUGGGCACCUGCUGGACAAACAGGACGUGGCGAUCAAGCGGUUCCCGGCACACCUGGGCACGCACUGGGCCUCGGACGCCGCCGCCGAGGUACGCGGGAAGCUGGCACGCCAUGACGGGACUGUAGACACGGACAACAUCCGCCAGGUGGUCGUGCAUGCGCCCAAAUGUGGCUACGUGAAUCGCCCCAUCCCGAAGUGUGAACACGAGGCUCGCCACUCCUUCCAGUUUAACGUCUGCACCACCCUGCUGGACGGGACGGUCCGCCGCCAGUCCUUCGGGCCAGCCCUGCUGCAUCGCCCCGAGCUCAGGAACCUUCUGCGCCGCACGGACAUCCGCCAUCCCCCCGAUAACAUCAAGUGUUUCGAGACCAUGUACGUGGACGUCGAGGUGCGGCUGCGUGACGGAACCGUCGUGACGGCACGCUGUACGGAGCCGUACGGCCACUGGAGGCGCCCGCUGAGACAGGAAGACGUCGUCGCCAAGUUUCGAGACAACGCCGAGGCGGCACUUCCGGGUAGUGUAGUACAGGAGUGUGUGGGGAAGGUACAGAAACUAGAGAAUCUUAGAGAUUGCUCAGAACUUACAGAUAUGUUGAGUUGUCCCUGAAAUAACCAUGUAUACCUCGUCAAUGAACAGUAAAGUUUGGAGUGUAUAGCGAGCCCGUGGAACGGGUAUUAUCAUUCUGCUAGCGCUAAACGAUCAGGUUUUAAAUGUGUAUAUAAACUAGGGCCCAACGUAAGGCAGUAUGUGAGGCACCUGUUACUGAGUGGACAUUAGUAUCACUACAAUGUGUAAGCAGCUAUGAAUAAACAAAAAAAUAACGACAAUGUACUUAAGCUUCAAACAGGCACAGCUUUGAAAAUUUUGCUGAAUUCAUAUUUAUUUAUAAUCCUGCCAUGUUAUGAGGAUUACCAGCAAAUAUUGAUAAGUAUUAUCCGUAUUUAUGAGCUUGUUAUCAUUCAGUAAAGAAAUGGCUGGUUGCAAUAAUCGAUAAAACAGCAUAUUAUCUUGUCAUAUUAAGCUUUCUUUCACUAGUUGAUAUGUGAAACGCGCUUAUAAAGUGCAACUAUGCCAUACAUUUACUAGAACCAAAAAUAUAUUUUGUGAUUGUGUAAGCCACAAGUUUUUAUUUAUCAUCAGUUCAGUUCAUCAUGUAUAUCUAUAUGAGGAACAACAUCUAAUAAAUUAUUGAUGACACAUUCAAAUCGUGCUGAUGUUGCCU